AUGAUCAAGGAAGCUCUUUCUGACUAUUCUUUGUACAGUCAUCUGUUGUAUGAGACUGGCGGUUCCCUCUUUGCACGUCCUUGGGCGAGCACGUUAGCUGUCCCUGGCAUUGCGGCUAUGAUGUGGUCCGAGUCGACAAUGUUGGCCACACGGCAGCUGUCACGUUUCCUAUCAGGGAAGAUGAGUGGAUUUGCGUUUUCACAGCCGAAUUUGUUCAAGAAGAUGGUCGAGAAAUUACCCGCAGAUUUCACCUUGGUACAUUUGGCAUUAUCUCAUGACGGUUCUUUGCACCUAAUCAAGUUGCACCAAGAUCGCGAGCCUAUAAUCGUACCCCUUGCGCCGAAGUCGAAGAAAACUCAAGAACAUGCUGUUUGGGGAAGGUCACAAGUGACGCGAAAGGCAUUCUGGGUGGCAAGACGAGCGGUCGAUGCUGAAUUGAAGGCGAUCAUUCCUCGUGUACAGGACAUUCUACUUGGACCAGCUGCUCCUCUUCUGCUUCCUUCAAAGAGCCUCAAUCGUAGUGGAGUUACUGUUGCCAAGUCGCUCGUUUCUGCUUCUCAAUCGCCGUCUGGUGGGCAACUGCCAUUAUCUUUUGCCAAGGAGUUGGUUUCUCUUUCCACAAAUCUGGAAAAGGCCGAGUGGGUACGUGUAGUUGAGAGAAUGUGUGAUGUUGCUGGAGUAUCGUCUCAAAAGGAAGCGGUGCAAGAGUUGUACGCAAAAACGAGAGCGGCUAUGGCGAAAGGUGGCUUCUCGUCGGAUAUUGCUCCAUUAUAUACUUUCUUGAUAAUCUGUCCGGAUUUAACUACGUUCCCAUGGGAAGUGAUGCCGAUAUUUUGCGACAGUCCUUAUGUGGCUCGUAUCCCAUCAGUACAUGCUUUGUUUCAAACUCUUCGCAAAAGUUCUCAGGUACCAGUCGAAGUGAAUGUUCAUAAUGCGUUCUAUGUGCUUGACCCUGACAACAAUCUGGGUGACACAAGAAGACGUAUCACGGACUAUGUGUCAAAGUUCGGCUGGGAAGGGGUUGUGGGCAAAAUUCCUUCUGUUACAGAAGUCACCGAGGCUCUGUCACAAAGGGAUGUCUUUUUCUAUAUGGGCCAUGGAAGUGGUUCGAGGUACUUUAGUCGACGUAUGAUCUGUGAAAAUACGGUCAAUGCUGUGAGUGUGCUGAUGGGCUGUGGAAGUGUUCGCUUGACGCCCUAUGGUUGGGGAAUGGAUGGUAAAAGCUCCGUCUAUGAUUACACUGUUGCACAAUGCCCAUCAAUAGUUGGAUGUUUGUGGACGGUAACGGAUGGAGAGAUCGACCGAUAUUUCAUGGCGCUUGUGGAUUUGUGCUUCUCAUCUGAUGCGAAUCGCACGUUGACCGGAACCGACGGGACCGAUAGUCGUCUUCGAGUCCUCGUUGAGGCAAUGCAUCGAGCUAAAUCCCGAUGCAAAUUACCAUACCUUACGGGGGCGUCGGUUGUUUCGUAUGGUAUUCCGGUAAUUGCCAUGGAAUAG